CAAUUCAAACUGUCACAAUCAAUUACAUCAAAUAAAUUUUCUUUACUACAAAAUCUUUUCACCAAAAAACAAUUUAAUUCUUCUCUUUUAUAUACUCACAUUUCAUCCUUGUAUUUGUUCUUUCCUACUACAACUUUCACUUUCUGUAUCAUUAGCAAAUGCCAACCAGCUGUUUGAUAAAUUGCUUAAUUAUCUUGUAACUUCGUUUUUUCAUCAUAAACCUAAGAACUUAGAGCUUUAAUGGAGGAUCAACUCUCAAAACCUACUUCAAUUUUCGGGAUACGAUUAUGGGUUGUAAUUGGUAUUGUUGUUGGAGCAUCCAUUGUUAUCUUCUUCUUUCUUAUUUCACUUUGGUUUCUCUCAAAACGUAAGAUAAAAUCUCAAUCUCCAGCAUCAACUACUAAUACCGCAAUUAUCCCUGUUUUGUCAAAGGAAAUCCAAGAGAUUAGUGUUGCCCAAAAUGCCCAUGUUCAUCAUCAUCAUCAACAACAACAACCCGACCCGGGUAUUAUCAUGGGUGUUGAGAAUAAUAAUAACAAUGUUAACGCAGGAUCAGGUGAAGAAAGAAUCCAAGUUGAGGUAGUGGGUAAGGAUUUAUUUGCCGGGUCUAGGACCGGGUCGUCGUGUCGAAAUUUGGGUGAUCAUCAACUACCUACAGUGGUUCCUGAAGUGUCCCAUUUGGGUUGGGGUCGUUGGUAUACUUUAAGAGAGUUAGAGGUGGCUACUAAUGGGUUUUCUGACCAGAAUGUUAUUGGGGAAGGUGGUUAUGGCAUUGUUUAUUAUGGUGUUUUGGAUGAUAACACUCAGAUUGCUGUCAAAAACUUGCUCAAUAACAAGGGACAAGCUGAGAAAGAGUUUAAGGUUGAAGUUGACGCAAUUGGCCGAGUGAGGCACAAGUGCUUGGUUAAAUUGCUGGGUUAUUGUGCUGAAGGAGCACAAAGGAUGCUCGUUUACGAGUAUGUUAACAAUGGAAACUUAGAACAAUGGCUUCAUGGAGAUGUAGGUUCUAGUAGUCCCCUUACAUGGGAGAUUCGGAUGAACAUCAUUCUCGGUACAGCGAAAGGGCUAGCUUACCUUCACGAGGGACUUGAACCUAAGGUUGUGCAUCGAGACAUAAAGUCGAGCAACAUUUUACUCGACAAGCAGUGGACUCCCAAGGUCUCCGACUUUGGGCUUGCUAAGCUUCUUGGGUCUGAGCAUAGUUAUGUUACAACUCGUGUAAUGGGAACAUUUGGUUAUGUUGCUCCUGAGUAUGCAAGUACAGGCAUGUUGAAUGAAAGAAACGAUGUGUAUAGUUUCGGGAUCCUAAUCAUGGAAAUUCUUUCGGGAAGAAGCCCGGUUGAUUAUAGUCGCCCUCCAGGAGAGGUGAAUUUAGUGGAUUGGCUUAAGAUGAUGGUUACAAAUCGAAAUCCAGAGGGAAUUUUGGAUCCAAAACUACCCGAAAAACCUGCAUCACGAGCACUGAAGAAAACUUUGCUGGUAGCCUUGCGUUGUGUUGAUCCAAAUGCACCAAAGAGGCCAAAAAUGGGACAAGUUGUACAUAUGCUUGAAGCUGAGCAAGAAUCUUCUUUCAGAGAGGACCGCACUCGAACAUCAAUAAGGACAAAUGUAGAGACUCAGAAAGAAUCAACAGCUAGCCAUGAAACAGGUAAACUAGUAGAGAAUUAAAAGGAACUUAAUUUUUGCCAUUUUUUUGUCGACGUAAAUUUGUUUUUGGUUCAUGUGGCCGAUAAAGGGCUCAGCAUUAAUCAAAUUGAAUAUCAUAAUAAUGUCCAGUUCAUUUAUGGUGUGAAAUGCCAAUCCUAUAGUGAUUCCUUCUUGUAACCCAUCUUCUUUGGCAUCCUUUUAAACUUUAUACUUCUGUAAACAGGCAUUAUUCUAUAUGGACAAAUUUUGUAAAGUGAAUUUUAAGUAAAUGCAUGUGCUUUAGAGCUGUUAAAAUUGAUGUAUCUGUCUUGCUUAAAGAGAUUCUUCCUCAUAUUUAUUAGUUAUUGCAAGAUC